AAAUGUUUAUCGCCAGAGGCGCUGCUGUUCUGUCAACAAAACAAAUGUCAAGAACUUACAGUACUUUUUAUUUUUAAUUUUUUUUUUAAUGAAAGAAGAGUGUCUGAAAGUGUCACUUUGAUAAUUAUAGAAGAAUUCUGAUAACAAUCUGUGUUUGUUAAAAUAGAUUUUAUUUACAUUUCUAGUAUACGAAUUUAGUAUACGAUUGAUUAUACGAUAUUUGGAAUAAUAUUGACUUUGAAAUGGAUGCAUUUAUACAGUUAAAUAAUCAAACUGCUGGUCGUGAUAAGAUUAUAAGGGCUUUACAAUAUGGUAGUCGUGCUUACUGGUUUUAUACUCAAAAUAAACACAGUUCAUCUUAUUCCGUGGAUGUUUUGAAAAGUCUCGAGUACACAUUCAGCUCAUUCAGAAAAUUAUUACGACUGGGAAGAUUUUUCGAGAGUUUAUAUUCAACGUUUUCGACAAUAAAUUAUCCGGAUGUUGUUCUGAGGAUAACAAUGUCAAUGUCAAGAAUUUCGAGUGCUCUCUUCCUGCUCGCAGAUCAUAUUGUUUGGAUUGGUCGAGUUGGAAUAAUGAAAGUCGACAUUUCAAAGUGGACCUCAAUAUCAAAUCGUUAUUGGUUAAUGAUGCUUAUCAUGAAUUUGACUCGAGAUUUCUAUGAAAUUCUUCAAAUUUUAAAAGACUGUAGAACUAAUUUAUUAUGGAAUAGAACAUCAAAGGGUAGUGUUUUAAAAUAUUACGGUCAAGUUUGCAGUCAUCUGAAAUAUCGCACUGAUGUUAUAUCAGAUACAAUUAAAAAUGGUUGCGAUAUUUUUAUUCCACUGACUGCAUUGGGUUAUACGAAAUUAAGUCCUGGGACUGUGGGUAUUUUGGGUGUAAUUUCAUCCUUGGUGGGAAUUUACACUCUUAUUAAUCCCACAACAAAAUUGGUGCCAUCGUGAAAAAUUUUUAAAAAUUGAGAGAAUAUAUUGAUAAGUAAAAGGUGAUUUUUUUUUAUUAUUUAAUGUAUAAUUUUUCUUUUUUACUCAAUACUCGGUGAGAAUUUUCCCUUUUUUUGAUUAGCAUCACCUUUUUUAAUUGAUGCAUCAUUAUUUUUCAUAAUGAUGCAUAAUAUUAAAUUAUGAACUAAUUAGUAAUUGUGAAUUAAUACAUGGUAAUCAAGAAGACUCCUUGAUAGUAAUAUAUUAAAAUUUUAUUUAAUGAUGUGUUAAAAUAUUUUAAUAUAAAUUAUCAAGCAAUUAAUAGUUUUAUAGUUUUACGAUCUGAUAUAAAUAUUAUAUAAAUCUUUAUGAAUAAUGUUAUGCAAUAUGCAUAAUUUAUAUUUUUGUAUAAAUGAAAAUGUUAAUAUAUGUUUAUAAAAGUU